AUGGCUGAUGAUAUUAGUACUCGAACUGUUUCAAAUUUUGAUGGGGCUUCAAGCGAUUCAUCAAUGUCAACAAACGAUGCAUUCUUUGCUACACUUCUCAAUAAAACACAAGUAGAACAUGAAGAUUGUCAUUCACAAUCUAGAGCUAUGAUGGAUUUUGAUUCAGCUAUUAUAUCCAUCGGUCGAUCUAGCACAGUUAAAUACUCAAUAAAUAAUAAUAAUAAUAAUAAUAGCCAUUGUGAUUUUUUUCAUGAUAAAUAUGAUGAAACUUAUCGUGAUGAUCAGCAACAAAUAAAUAUUGUUGAUCAAAUGAUCAUUCAGCCACAUCUUCCUCUUGCUAUAUUGCCAAAACAUUUCAAAUCAAAAGUAAACUCUAAUGACUAUCAAUCGUAUCGAUCGACGAACAUUAAACGCAAUAAUUGUCAUCAGCAUUAUAAACGAAAAUAUUAUUCGAAAGAAAAUAAUCAAUACCAUCAAUCCAUAGUUUCUCGCUAUUAUAUUCCUAAACAACGAACUCGAUCUCAAUCACAACAAAAAAAUCGUAAUCAAGAAGAUGUUUGUGUUCGAACAGGUUUACCGCCAUUAGUGGAAGGUCCUGUUUAUGCGAAUCUUAUUUGUCAUAUACCUAAAUUACGUUGGAAUCCAAAACAUCAUGGUCUAAGUCGAUAUGUAACUGUUAAAGUUACAUGGUGGGGUGAAGAUGAAACAUCAGCAUUAUUCAAACCUCAAGUGUCCGGUGCUGCACCAUUACCUUCACAUCAACCGAGUUCCACAGGAAAAUAUUAUAUUCGAAGUGAACUUAAACAAUUCAGUCGAUAUUUAACAGAUGCGGCAGAGCUUGUUCUGAAAGUACAUGAUUCCGAAAGCAAUCGUAUGAUUGGUAUUGCCAAAGUACAAAAUUUAUCGCUGUUGACUAUUAAUAAUCCAAUCAAAGGUUAUCAAUCUAUAUUCACAAAUAAAGGCGAGAAAUUAGGUGAAAUAUUCAUUGCACUACGUAUUGUUCUGCCUGGAACUUAUGAUAGUAAUGAAAAUCUAGCAGCAAUAAGUUUUACAUCAGAUGCAAGUAAUCCACCAUCACGACGUAAUUCAAUUGGAGCUAAUGAUUAUAAUCAAAAUGAUCAAUUGAAUCGAGCUUAUAAUGAAGAACAUGUAACUUCUGUUCAUACAAAUGAUAGUACAGUAAAACAACAACGUUUUGAUUCGACAGUUCCUUUCAAAACUUAUGAAACUAAUUCAAAACAUAUACAACCAGGUAUGCAAACUUCAACAGAACAACCAGCUGGUAAUUUAGUCGAAGCAUUAAUUGAACGUGCUAAUCAUCUUCGAGACGAUAUGAUGAGAUCAUCAUUACAAAAAACGACAAUGAACGAUCAAGAAAUUCAUCCAAUGAAUCGCUCUUCAUUCAAUAAUAAUAAUAGUGAAAUUCUUAGUACUCGAUAUGACAAUAAACCUAUAGAUAUGCUUGAUGAUAAUGUUGAUCUAUUACUUGACAAUGAACAUAUUUGUGAUAUGCUUGGUAUAAAACCAUCGGUAAAUUCAAUGGGAGAUCUUAAUAAUUCGAAUGAUUCAAUAUUAACUGACCUCGAUGGACUUGAACAUGAACAAAGUUUAUUAGAUGAACUUCUUUAUGGUGACGAUGGAAAACGGGAUACUGCAACUACUACUACUACUACUACUACUACUAAUAAUAAUAAUAAUAAUCACAAACGCAGAACAAAACCAAACAAUAAACUUCAUCCAUAUGGAAAACCGCCAACAGGACGUUCACCUAGUCCAAAUACACCGCGUGUUAGUGGAUUAUUGAAUCGAUCACGUUCAACAAGAAGUCGCAGUUUAGCACAAAGUAGCGAUAGUGAUACAGCAUCGCGUGUUUCAUUUGAUUUACCAAGUUCCGAUUUAGAUGAUAGUGGAAAUGAAAGUCAUGAUGAUGAUAGUCUUGGCGCAGAACGUAUUCACUUAUUAAGUUUUGUACGUACAGCACGUGUUCGUAUUGAUCAGUUACGUUUGAAUAUUUUGAACAACGAUCGAGAAUCUCCAUCGCAUUCCUCGUUUGGUCGAACAAAUAAAAGUAAACGUGCAACAACAUAUUUUAUUGAAUAUCAAUUUCCUGUUAUUGCCAAUAGUCGUGAUGGUCCAAAAAAUGAAGCAACACAAGUCAUGAAAAUAGCAUCGAAACGUUUUGAAGCCAAUAAUGACAUUUCAUUUUCACAUAUAUCAACAUAUCCGUGUUUAUUGAAUGAACCAAUUUUAAAAAAUUGGUGGCGUUCAUUGUUAAUCUUUAAAGUUUAUAGUCGUAUGUCGGGUUCAACAGCUCCGGAGCAAAUUGGUUUUGCUGUUCUGCCACUUCGUCAUAUAUUGAAAGCUGAUAGUUUACAUUUAGAACAAAAUUUAAAUGUUAUUGAUCGUACACAAAUGAAUCAACAGAAAAUUCCGAAUAAAAUAUCGAAAAAAUUUUCCAUAGGACAUUUACAUGUACUGAUUGAGCUUGAUUCUGAUGCUACAAAUUUUAAACUUGAACUUGAUCGGAUUCGCCUUAUCGAACAAAAUAAACCUAAGAAACAACGCACUGGAAAAAUUAAAAAGUUUAAAAAGAAAUCAAAACAAAUUAUCAUAAAUCCCAAUAAUGAUCUACAAUUACCAAAAGCAUUUUCAAGUGAAGGAUUUAUGGCACAUGAAUCAACAUCGGAUUUAAACGAUGGAUUCGUUGUACAAGUAUUUCUUUCGAUUAGUGAAGCACGAAAUAUUUUACAAAUAUCAAAUAAUAAUUUAUCACGAAAUCCAUAUUUUGUUUGUCGUGCAUUUUGGAAUGAAGAACCAAUUACAUCCAUCGUUUGCUGGGGUAGUUUAUCACCAAAAUUUAAUUUUGAACAGAAAAUUCCAAUAUUACUGACAAAAUCAGCAUUAGAAAAAAUGCACAAUAAUUUUAUUAUAAUUGAAGUGUGGGAUAAGAAGAUUUCUGGUCCCGCUGAUAUAAUAAUUGGCAUUAUUAAAAUAUCCUUAGAACAAUUUUAUACAUCAUUCAAAGAUAGACAAAUUAGUCAAGUUCUUUUACGUGGUCAAUAUCCAGUCGUAGGUGUUGACUCAUGGCUACCUAUCAUUGAUCCUUUUACAACUAUAAAUAAAUCUCAUGGUGAUCUUCAAAUUCUAUUGGCUAUGGGUACAUCUGAUCAGAUAACAGCUAUACAAAUUGCACAUGCUAGUAAAGAAUCAUCGUCUCCAUCGAUCUGUCAAAAAUCGCCGACAAACCCCAAUAACAAUGAUCACGCAACAUUAGCUGAACAUUGUUUUGAAGUAUUAAUUGAAAGUAUAAAUGGCUUACGUGCAUUUGAAUCUAUGGUUUGGGGCGAGAGUGAUUGCUUUAUACAAUAUUUAUUUCCUGUUCAACAAGAACAAUCAGUGAAUGUUAAUUCAAUAAAACCAUUUGAAUUUCGUCAAAUACGUACGCCAACAACAUUGUGUACAUCAGAUCCAACAUUUCAUGAUACUAAUAAAUUUCGUUAUAUACUUGCACCGACCGAUGUUUUACAUAAAUAUUUUUAUUCUGCUUGUCAAUCACCAUCAACGAUUGAAACUUGUAUUCCAUUUGAAGUUUGGUCCCGUUUCUAUUAUCCGAAUGUUCGUGAUCAACUUUUAGCUAAAGCAAAAUUACCAGCUGCAAAAUUAUGUGGUAUGACAACAAUGAUGAAUCCCGAUAGAGAUAAUAAAUCAACUCAAUCAUUUCGUAUACCUCUUGAAAUUGUCCGUGAAGAACCAAAACGUGAACAAUCUCGACACACUCUGCCAGUCACAUACGGAGGAGAUUUAUUAGUGACUGUCACUUAUAACAAAAAUAUAAUUCAGAAAAAUGAACGACAAACUCUGACUGAUCGAUUGGCUAACAAAAAUUCUCAAGUGUGUAUUUCUGUUGGUAUCAUUCGGGCUUGUGGAUUAAAACAUGCGACUCUGUCUCAAUCUCGACAUGAUGCUCGUUUAAAUUAUCCAUCACAAGUUGGCGUUAAUACCUACGCAAAAUUAUCAUUAUCAUUUCUAUCGGAAACGGAAUCUCGAGCAACACGAACAAUCGCUCGAAGUUUUGUACCUGAAUUCAAUCAUUCUAUUGAUUUUCCAGUUCCACUGAUAUGGAAUGACAAUCGCACUCAUACAAUAUCUCUUGCUGAGAUAUUGGAACAUGGAGAAUUAAAAAUAGAUGUUUAUCAUCAAAUGAGUGGAACAACUGAUGCAACUCAAGAGAUCGAUAAACGACCAUUAGAUAUUCAUUUAUGUUAUUGUACGAUUUCGUUAAAAGAUUUAAUAUCUCGACAUACAGGAAUUAAAGGUUGGUAUCCAUUAGCUAGUGCUAAUCGUGUUCGGACAUCUGCAGUAGCGUCUGAUCCAUCGGAGCAUUGUGUUGGUGGCUUGGAAUUAUCUGUUCGUUUUGGUCAACAGGAUGAUCGUUCACGUAUUAUUGAAUCUGCUAAAACACUUGGUUGGCUUGAUAAUGAUUAUAUUGAUGAAGAAAAUUUUCUUGAUGAUCAAAAAGAUCUUGGAUGUUUAAUAACAAUGGCAAUUGAUCGUAUUCAAUUUCCUAUUCAACUUGCAACUCGACCAGGCAAAGAUCGUAUCGAUGAUCGAACAAGUGUUUUUGUGCAAUAUCGACUUUAUGACAAAAUGCCAAUUAUAUCUAAACGAAAAAAACCAAUCGUUGAUAGACAUAAUGUUAUCUGUGAAUUGAAAUUCAGCAAAGAUCAUUUAUUUUUAUGUAGUGCACCGUUUCUAUGGUAUUUACGUGAAGAAAAAUUAGAAGUACAAAUUUGGACCAGUGACAAUGACUCAUAUGAUUAUUCACCAUCCGUAUCAUCGACAGAUAAACUAAUUGGAUCGAUUUAUGUCGAUCUAAAUUCAUUAUGUGACAGAAAGAGAAAAACUCAUCGAUUAAAUGCAAUUCUACCAAUGUUUAAACAUGGAGCCAAAGAUUUAGGUGGAGCUUUUGCUCAAGUUCACGUAACAAUUGAUAAGUCAAAAGAUUUCAAUGAAUUACGGAGUCGAGAUGAUAUCGAUGCUUCCAAUGAUCGUGAACUUGAUAUUUAUGUGGAUCGUCAUCAUUCAAAUAUAACCAGUCAUGAUCAUGCACUUCGUACAAUAACAAACAAUGUUUUCUCCGUGGUAAUAAAUAUUGAACAAGCAGCACAUUUACCUGAUGUUUAUUCUAAACAAGAGCAAGUGAAAGUGUUUUCUUUUACUGUUAAACCUGAUACACAUCACCUAUGUCGUACGCAAAUUCUAAAAUCAACUUGUAAACCUAUAUGGAAUCAUCAGCAAGCAGUUAAAUUAUCUGUUGAACAUUUAUUCAAUGAGAAAAAAACAUUUAUUUUGAAAGUUUGGCAUAAAGUGAAUGCUGAUAUUGAAACGGUACCUGAAAAAUCAGGUGAUACAGUUCUUGGCUUUGUAUCUAUUGAUUUAAGUGCAUUACUUUCUGGUUUACAACAAAUAUCUGGUUGGUAUAAUAUUACUGAUACGAUUAGGAAUAUUCAAGGACAAUUAAAAAUUAGUAUUGUACCACAAGAAGAUCUUUUAGAAUUAAAACGUUUUAAAUAUAAGUCAAAUGAAAAUGAAACUACAACCAUUUCGCAUCGUUCAACAUCGACAAUCAGUGGUAAUACAUCAUCUAGGUUUAGCAAUGAUCUUUCAGCAAGAACUAGUACUGGGUUUUCUACAACUUUUAAUCCAUCGAUGAUAGAUGAUGACAACAGCAACAAUAAUAAAAAAUCAUUUCUAAUGAAUAAUCUUCAACGUCAAUUAGGUGAACUUGAUGUUAUAACUGAGCGAUUAAAAGCUCGUUUACAUUCGGGUUCAGAUACAGCUUCAAAAGAUAAACAACCCCCAUCAACGAUGAUAACAAACCGUUGUCAAAGUGUACCACCACCACCAUUAAUAGUGUCACCACUCAGCUUACCAUUAAAUACAAAUUCAGCUCGUUCAGACAUAGAUACGACACGUUCGACAACAACAACUAUUCAAACUGAUUUAUUAGAGCAUUUUCCUGAAUCUUUAAGUGGUCGACCAUUAAUGAGUAAUGGUCUUAAUGUAAGUGAUGUGCUUUCGUCACACAAUGACAAACUUCGUCGGGCACAAGAACUUAUGACAAGAGCGAAUCAGUUACUUGAAACAUCAAAGGAGUUUUUUAAUAAAGCAUCAGCACCAGCUGCAACUUCAUUAUUAACUACAGUGGAAAAAAGACUUAGUCCACCAACAUCUCCACCUUCAAGAUCAUUAUCAACUAAAGUGGAAGCAACGAACAGUUCACCUCCACUACCCGCAUUACCAAACUUUAUUUCAACAAAUGAAUUUCAAAUAGCAGAGGGAUCACCACAUACUGCUUUUAAAAUUACUGAACAUAUGACUGAAUCACACGAAGAACAACAUCAAAAUGAUUCAGUAGCGUCGUCUGAUGAAGAAGAUAAUAACCAUGAUCAAAUUAAUCCAUCUUAUGAUCUUCCUCCUACUAAUCACCGUGCGAUAACGCCUGCAACUGUCACACAAUCUCUACCACCGCCAAUACUAGAUGUAGACGAAACUUCUACACAUCGAGAAGAACAAAAUGGUAUUGGUAUCGAACAAAGUUGUCCAUCAAAUAAGACAAUGCCUUUCCCCAUAGACUCUCAGGAAAUGAAUUCAGAACGAUUGAAUGAUAAUUUAUCACCGAAAUCUGACGUACGUCGUAAUAUAUUUUCAACUGAAUCAACGAAUGAUAAUCAACAACAACCACUUCCACGAGAAAUAUCUUCAUCCUGGACGAAUCAACAUAAGACAUCACCAUCGAUUGAACGUCAAUCACUUUCAUCUUCAUCUUCAUCAUCGUCAUCACGAUCAACAUCACCGGAGCGGCCAACACAAAUACAAGAAUCAUUUACUUCUGACACAUCAGUUAUUGGUAAAAAUUGGUUAGAACAACAACGUAAACAUGAUGCAAAUGCACAUAAAGUAUUACCAUCAACACUAAAUGAUCAUUCAAAUACAAAACAACUACCAAGUCGUAGUCCACAUUUAGCAUUUAUUGAUCGAGGACUUCCGAAUUCAUUUCAAAACAUGCGUGAAUUGGACGAAUCAUUGAAACAUGUUUCACGAGUAGUUUCAACUACAAAUAUUUCUUCGGCUACAACGACUAGUUCCAGAUCAUCAUCAUCGAAUGAUGUGAUGAAAACAAUAUAUGAAAGAAUCCGUGCAAAACCGACGCGUGAGUUAUUACCUGGUAAAUCACCAGUAGGUAAUGGUUUACUUCAAUCAUCUAAUUCAACAGCAGAAAACAUGGCACGAAUAGAAAAAAUUCAAAAGACAAAACCUACAACAAUUCCUUCGUCGAAUUAA